AGGAGAGCGCAGCAAGACGCUGCCCAACAAAGGGGAAAGUACGCACAUCGACUGGAAAACGGCGGCAUGGCAGCGCCCUCGCAGCGCAUGGCCAGCCAGGCCUCGCCCAAGGCCGCCGUGCGCGACGCCAAGGAGGCGCGCAACGCGCGCAUCCGCCGCUCCGCGUCGUUCCGGUCGAGCAUCACGGAAACGCUCUCUCCCCUAGAACAGCUGCACCUGCCCAUCGGCUUCGCGUCCGUCCCGCCGGACCACCACAGCAAGCGCGAUAGUCGGAAUAGCCUCGACGACGACGUCGAGGUCCACGUCGAACCGCGGAAGAUCGUCGUCUCGGACUGCGUGGCCCACGGCGUGCGGGCGCCGGGCGCGCGCGACGGCAUGGUGCUCGUGGCGGACGGCUCGAGGUCGCCGCGGGCGAUGAAGCUGUUUCGCGUGAUGCGCGGCGACUACUUGAAGCGGCCCUGGGACGCGGCGCCGCACCUGCUGCCGGACCUGAUCAAGCAGGACCGCGAGCCGUGGGAGGACCGCGUAGCACAAUGUGUGAAACGGCGGCGCGAGUUGGAAAGGGCGUUCCGGGCGAAGACGCUGCACGAGCUGGGGCGGGACGACCGCCGGCGCGCGCGCGCGGCGCGGGCGCACAAGGACGCGGCGCUCCUCCGCAUGGUCGCGCUGGGGGCGCGCGCCGAGUUGAUGAAGGGCGAGCUCCUGCGGGACCGCCGCGAGGCCGCCGAGGAGGAGGAUGACGACCACGAGGAACAAGCGGUCGCGGCGACGCCGUCGCCGAAGCAGCGGUCGCGGAGACGCGACCGGCGCAGGGCCGCCGAAGCUUUAACGGGAGAAUCGUCGACGAAAAUAGGUCGGUGGUGGCUCGGGCUCAAGAUACGGUGGCUCCUCAACGGCAUAAGCAUCGCGCGGCGCGUCCGCGUCACGCUCACGGUGACCAAGAUCACGCAACAGAUCAUAGCCAAGUACCGGAACCGCGUCUAUCGACGGAGCGCGGACAUCAUCCACCACUUCCUGGCCAAGGCCGAGAAGUGCCAGGGCAAGCGCGGCAUGAAGUUACUCGUGAGGAAGAUCAAGCUCGCGCAGCGCAUGGUGCGCGGCUGGGUCGCGACGCGGCAGGCGCGGAUCGCGGCGUUGCACCGCGCCUUUGCGCUCGCGGAGAUCGACUUCCAGCACGAGCUCGACAGAAGGCGCGUCGAGGUCGAGGUCCACGCUAUCCGACGGACAUCGCAUCCGGACUCCAUGUUCUACGCUGUGUGGAAAUCAACCAGUGUGUCGGUUCAGCAAGAAGGCGCCGUGAAAUUUUGAUUUCCACACAGGUUCUACGACCGCGCCCAGGCUCUGGCUACGGCGGACCACCGGCUGCAGGCGAUCUUGCCCAUCGAGGGCAAUAGUCUCGUGGCGCAGGUCUUGCGGAGGGCCGAAAUCCGGAGCCGGGAUCCGGAACGGGCGUCGCGGGAGCUUCGGGAAGAGGUCAUCGUCGACGACCCGUACCACCACGCGGUGUUCAGUCGCAAAGAGCGGACGAGGACCGUGGAGGAGGUCUUACGAAGAGUGCGCCGAUGGCACGGCACGCACGCCGUCGAGGCCUACGAAAAGUAUUUACAGAAGUGCCACGAGGUCCGCGCCGACGACGUCCGCGCCCGUGUAGAAAUCAAAUUUGUCGCGACGCGUCUCCGCUUAUGGUUGAAUCAUAAAUUCCACGCCAUCGACGCGGCACCUUCUCGACGGCAUGGCGGUGUGGGUUUUACACUCGCCCCUCGCGCUGCGCGGCGCCGUGACGAACGAGCCCGGCGCUCGUGCUCCGCUACGAGCGCGCCGGCGACGAGGCGGUCGAGGACGCGCCCGCGUGGCUGCAAAGCGCCCCGGUCGUCGUCGAGGUGACCGCAGCAGCAAACCAACAAUUGGCGGUCACCGAGGCGCCGGACGUGGUCGGCGUCGUGCGUUUUGAGGGCGUGGCCGUGGCGCCCGUGCCAGCCAGCACGGGCACGUCGUCGCCGAGAAUGACUCUGCGAUGCACCCGACUUACUGGUUGAUUCAUGCACAGGUGCGGAUCAUGCUCGCGAAGCCCGGGCGCCUCACACGGCAGGACACGCUCGACGUCCUGCAGCGGCCCGCGGACAAGGUGUCGCGGUACCCCAUGUUUCGGCCGCUCACAGGGCCGCACAACGUUCUCGAGGAGAUGCGCGUCGAGCUGGAACCUGUGUGGAAAUUUACGGCGCGUUCGUCCUGAAUCGCCGCGUAUCUAGACCUCCACGCCAUCGCCGCGACGCCUGCUCAAUACGUGGCGGUGUCGGUUCCUCACAACUCGACUCAGCCAGCACGGGCACGACGACAAACUGGUUGAUUUGAUUUCCACACAGGCUGGAACGGGUGCACGCGUGGCGCCACCCGCCGCGCAAGGAGCGGUCGAAGCGCAAGCGCGCGGCGCGCGUCAUUCAGGCGCGGUGGCGCGGGACCCCGCUGAAGCCCGAGGUGGACCGCGACGCGCUCGAGGCGAUCUUCACGGAGUUCUGCCGGGUCUACCGC